AUGCAAGAAAAUAGCGUAACGGCGGUUCCGGUGUCGGCGGUGACGGCAUCCGGAUUGGGCACCAUCGGCACCAGUGCCGGAAGCACCGGUACUGGCGUGGUCGGAAACACAGUCAACAGUGGCAGCAACAGCAAUGGCAGCACCGGCAGCACGAGCAACAACGGUGCUGGCAGUGGGCCAAUCACGGCCUCCACAGGCUCCGGCAGUUCGACCAUCUCACCACACGGCCUCAGCGACAUCGAUCAGGCACAGUUCGAGGCCGACAAGCGGGCGGUCUACAAACAUCCCCUAUUUUCCCUGCUGGCACUGCUGUUAGAAAAAUGUGAACAAGCUACCCAAGGCUACAUUCCUUCCUCGUCUUCCGCGUCUAGUCCAAACGGGUCAUCCAACAAUGGCACCAGUGAUGGAGAUAGUUUCUCCCGAGAUAUUCAGGCCUUCGUACAACUGCUGGAGAAAGAAAAGCGUCCCCUGCUAACGAACAAUAGUGAGCUGGAUGGACUAAUGAUCAAAGCACUGCAAGUGUUACGAAUACACUUGCUCGAACUGGAGAAGGUGCAGGAGUUGUGUCGAGAUUUUUGCACACGCUACAUCGCCUGCCUGCGUAGUAAGAUGCAGUCGGAGAACUUGCUACGAUCGGACUAUGCUCUCGAGCACAACAACAAUCUGUCCAACUCCAACAGUCCAAUCAACAGUCCGGAACAGGAUCUUUCCGGGAGUGCCCAGGGCUAUUACCAGAACACGGAUUACCUGCAAGGAAGUGACACAAGCGAAUACAGUAACAUGCAAGCUAAGGGAGGCUUACUGAGCUGCAGUAGUUCGUGCGGUCCGGGUAUUCAGACAUCAAAUCCACAACAUUCACUGCCCCAUCCAGCGUUGCAGCAGCAGCAAGAUCAGCACGCACUGCAUCAUCACCAGCAAGUGCCCACAUCAUCAGCAAUACAGUCACCAAACAGUGCCAUCAUCUUGGAGAACUCGACGCUUGAAGACUUGUCACAUACGGGAAACUCGCAUCCACUAGGAGGAGCUAUUGGAAUGCCCGGACUUGCCGGAUUGCCUUCAUUGCAUGAUGGUUCCACGGGCACUUUGCUUCCUACUGACCUGACCGCAGCAGCAACUGCCGCCGCUGUGGCAUUCCAGCAGCAACAGUUUCACCUACCCAUCCAUCCUAACACCGAUACGAUGCCUCUCAGCUCGGUCAGAUGUCCACCGGCAAUUGCGCUUACCUCACCGCUGGACAUCUACGCCGGUCAGCUGUCACCGUGUGGGAGCUCCGAUGAGCUAGACUCCGAGCUUGACUCACUCGGGGACGGGGAUUCGAGUUCGAGCAAACGGCAGAAGCGAGGCAUCUUGCCGAAGCAUGCUACCAGUGUAAUGCGCGCUUGGUUAUUUCAGCAUCUAGUCCAUCCCUAUCCUACUGAGGACGAAAAGCGUGCGAUAGCAGCACAAACCAAUCUCACCUUGCUUCAGGUAAACAAUUGGUUCAUUAAUGCCCGUCGACGUAUCUUGCUACCGAUGCUGGAGAAUACCUCCGACAACUCUGGGGAGUAA